AUUAGUGCAUAAACCGGUUAGCAUGAACGGAAAUUACAUUAAUUGAUUUUGAUUCCGGUUCGAAUUUACUAAACCGGAAAUCAUAUAUUCAUACCGAGCGAAACGGAGAGAUGUGAAACGCGAUGAUCAGGAAGCAAACCAACGACCGAACCGCUACUCGUCACCGACCAAAACUAUGGCAGAACUGCACAAAUCUCCGAUCUUUGAAGCAAAUUCAAGCUUUCAUGGUCGUUAACAACCUCAUGUCCGAUCUCUCCGUUGUCGGAGAGCUACUGUACUCAGCUUCAUUAUCUGUCCCCGGCGCGCUCACUUACGCACACAAGCUGUUCGACGUAAUUCCCAAACUAGACGUAUCCAUAUGUAACCACGUGCUGCGCGGCUCUUCUCAGAGCAUGAAACCAGCAAAGACCGUUGCUUUGUAUAAAGAGAUGGAGAAACGAGGCGUGAGGCCUGAUAGGUACACGUUCACGUUCGUUCUCAAGGCAUGCUCGAGGCUUGAGUGGAGGAGUAACGGUUUUGCGUUUCAUGGGAAAGUAAUGAGACAUGGGUUUGCUUCUAAUGAAUAUGUUAAGAACGCUUUGAUUCUUUUUCACGCUAACUGUGGAGAUCUUGAAAUUGCAAGCGAGCUUUUUGAUGAUUCUGCUAAAGCUCAUAAGGUUGCUUGGUCUUCUUUGACUUCUGGGUAUGCUAAGAGAGGGAAGAUAGAUGAGGCUAUUAGGGUGUUCGACGAAAUGCCGGAGAAAGAUCAGGUUGCUUGGAACGUGAUGAUUACUGGUUGUUUGAAAUGUAGGGAGAUGGAUAGAGCGAGGGAGCUUUUCGAUAGGUUUAAAGAGAAAGAUGUUGUGACUUGGAACGCAAUGAUCUCUGGCUAUGUGAGUUGUGGUUUCCCUAAGGAGGCUUUGAGUAUAUUCAAGGAGAUGAGGGAUGCUGGUGAGCAUCCAGACGUUGUGACGGUUCUGAGUUUGUUGUCUGCUUGUGCUGACUUGGGAGACUCUGAAACCGGGAGGAGAAUCCAUCUCUACGUCUUGGAAACGGCUUCGGUUUCGAGGUCAAUGUAUAUAGGCACUCCCGUUUGGAAUGCUCUGAUCGACAUGUAUGCGAAAUGCGGAAGCAUAGACAGCGCGAUCCAAGUGUUUAGAGGGAUGAAAGAGCGAGACUUGUCGUCUUGGAACACUUUGAUCGUUGGUUUGGCUCUGCAUCACGCGGAGGGAUCGAUCGAAAUGUUUGAAGAGAUGCAGAGGUUGAGAGUCUGGCCAAACGAGGUGACGUUCAUCGGAGUUAUAUUAGCUUGCAGCCACUCUGGGAAGGUUAACGAAGGGCGUGAGUAUUUUCGACUUAUGAAGGAUGUGUACAAGAUUGAACCGAACAUAAAGCAUUAUGGUUGUAUGGUAGAUAUGUUGGGGAGAGCAGGGCUGUUAGAUGAAGCGUUCAUGUUUGUGGAGUCGAUGGAGAUUGAACCUAAUGCUAUUGUGUGGAGAACUCUUUUAGGUGCUUGUAGGAUUUAUGGGAAUGUGGAGUUAGGGAAGUAUGCUAACGAGAAACUGCUCAGUAUGAGAAAAGGCGAGAGCGGUGACUAUAUGUUGCUCUCAAAUAUAUAUGCUUCUACAGGUGAGUGGGAGAGAGUGCAGAAAGUAAGGAAGAUGUUUGAUGAUACAGGAGUGAAAAAACCGAGUGGAUACAGUUUGAUUGAGGAGGAUGAUGACAGAUUGAUGAUGAAAUAUUUACUCUCGUCAUAACGGAGUGGAUACAGCUGUAACUUCAAGAUGAUACCGUUGUAUAACAUACUAGGGGUAUUCCGGCGCUACGCGCCGGGUUCGUAUGUUAAUUCUUACAUGAAUUAAGAUGUUUGUAUGUUUAGGUUUGUUGGGAUGUUUGCCGGGUUUUGGAUUCGGGGUUAAAAAAUUUAGCUUCAUUCGAGUAUUCAAAAAAUUUGGUUUGGA